AUGGCGACCACCACCGUCACCGUCACCAAGGGGCGGUCCAAGAACGAUAACCUCCCACCAGAGAACGAGCGCUUCCUACGAUGCUGCGCAGAUGUCGCCAACGCCCUCAUCGAAGACCACGAGGCUAUCAGGGACCCCAAGAACCCGCCAAAGGACCUCAACCUCAAUUCUUUGCGCAACAAGUUUUCGAGAAAGCACAAGCUCGCCAAUAUCCCGCCUCUGACGGCCAUUAUUGCUGCGAUCCCUGAGCAUUACAAGAAAUACAUCUUGCCGAAGCUCAUCGCAAAGCCAAUCCCCUUUAGCUCCGACGACAUGAGGCUUUGCUUUGCGCGCCCGGCACCAGGGACAGACUCAGCAUUGUCCUAG